GUGUGUGUGUGUGUGUGUGUGUGUGGACAUUUUAACCCGGAAGGCAGGUGAGCGCUUCAGGUAGCUGUUGGAAAAAAAAAAUAAGCGAAGAAACACUAGAAAUCUAUUCAUAUCUAAAAAUGGACAUAAGCCAGGAGUCGAUCCUGUCGGUGUUGCUUGAGGAAGGUGGGAAGAUUAAAAACUCGGACUUGUUGAGUAGAUUUAAAGGUCCAUUACACUGCAGCGAUCCGGUGGAAAAGAAGCAGAACAGAGAUCUCUUCAAGAUGAUCAUCAACACCCUCGCCGUGGUUAAAGAAAUAGAAGAGGUCAAGUACGUCGUGCUGAGGAAAAAGUACCAGCAUUUACUGAAGUCCAGAUCAGAUGAUGGAAAUGAACUAAACGACGAGGGAGGAGGUGAUGAGGUGGAGAAAGAGGACAAGGCCACAGCAGACCAGAGAGAAGGGUGUAAGAAUGAAAAAGCUAAUGAAGAGCCUCCUGAGGAGAAGAAAUCAGAGCAGGAACCUCGAUCAGACAGUGAAGCCGACUCCUCAGACACCUCUCCAGCACUCUCCUUCAUCGAGCAGGCUUUACAAAGACAGAAAUAUCCAGACAUAAAGGUAAAGAAGUCCUUACACUUUAAGUCAAGUACUGAUGACGCACAGAAGCAUGGACCUGCCCGCUCUAACAACACCGGGACGAGCAUGCCUAAACGCUUCGCCCUGCCAUUACGCGUACCUCCAAUGGUCAUCACUCCUGUAGCACAUGAAGAGAUUAAUGAAAUGAAAACUCCAUCGAAUGACAACAAUCCAGUCAAAGUUCACUUGGCUCCAGUGAGCUCCACUCCAUGGCCGCCCUGCUCGCCUAGAUAUAAGAGACGCUCGUCUGUGGACAGCGUGGGAAUUGGCAGCUCUCCACUGCCUCGGAGACACUGCAAAAGUGCUAAACCUGUAGACGAGCCGAAAUAUGGUGACACCGUCCCGUUGGAAAGCUCUGAACACCAGUGGAUGGUGACAUCUGCGUCUGGACGGUGGGGCUUAUUGUACGGGCUGCUGCUGAACGAUGCACACCUGGCGGAGAAAAAAGAUUUUAUUUCGGGUUUCACGGCUCUUCAUUGGGCAGCUAAGUGCGGAAACUGUGAAAUUCUUUGCAAGAUCAUUGACCGGUCCAGAGACGUGGGGAAGGGCGUGGACAUCAACUCCAAGUCAUACGCAGGCUAUACCCCGCUGCACAUCGCUGCUAUCCAUGGUCAAGAGUACAUCAUUGGGAUCUUGGUCAAUGAAUACGGUGCCAACCGUGAUGUUCGGGAUAACUCCGGGAAAAAGGCGCACCAUUACCUGGACAAAGCAGUGUCACCCUCCAUCCGCGAGCUGCUUGGAGGGUUGAAGGUGGUGCGUGCCGAGCCGCAGAAGAACACAGAUGACACUGACACUCACAAGCACACUCACACCAUCAGCCGACUCUUCCAGCCACAAACUAUAGGCUACAAGAAGAAACCCAAAUCCAGAAGCACUUUCGUCUCUGUGCCCGAGGAUGUAAAGGAUGAGAAGAGCGAGCAUUCGAACCCCAUGCACAGGGUUUUCUCAGACGUAUUUUCCUAAAGACUCUCGGACUGUGUAGCUAAAUCACCUCAGCCCAUGCUUAAUAACUGUGUAUUAAAUGUAGUGAUAUUAUCUGAGGUUCGGUAUUGGGGUCGAUUCUGAAUCGGUUAUGUUCCUGCUCUGUGUUUACACUUUUCAUAUAACUAGUACAUGAACUGUUUAAAACUCAUGUAGUGCCAUUCUGGGUGAUCUGGGUUAGAGAUAUUGAACCUUUUGUUAUUUCUUACUUGUAUAUUAAAUAAUUCUGUGGACUUUGAUAUUAUUGCUCCUGAUGAAUUAAAGCUGUAUAGACUCGUCUGCGUGGCAAACAGGAAACACCUUUAACCUGUACAGUCCACAAAUAUCCAAGAAUAAUCAACAAUCCUCUCUUUUACUGAUGUACAGAAUCACUGCAUGUGGCAUAUUUUCGCAGAUUAUAUGCAAUAAUGUGAUUAAACUAAACACACUGUG